AUGGAGGUGUGCAAAAUCGACGAGUUCCAUAAGGAUUUCGAUGGGGAUUACGACGUGAAGUUCUACAAGGAGAUCGGCGACAAUUUGCCCGUUGUUAACAGCUUGGACGAUUUGAUUAGGGAGCUGCGAGUGAUUUUUUCUUGUGAUAAAGUUAAUGUUGAUUUAGUUCAUUAUGUGAUGAAGUCUUACAAAUCGUCGCCGGCCGAUUGGAAAAGAUUCGCCAAGUUCGAUAGAUUUCGAUACACCAGGAACUUGGUGGACCACGGCAACGGCAGGUACAAUUUGAUGACGCUCUGCUGGGGCGAAGGGCACGGCUCGGCCAUCCACGAUCACGCCAACUCGCACUGCUUCAUGAAGAUGCUGCAGGGCUCGCUGGAGGAGAUCCGAUUCGCCUGGCCCAAGGAGGAGGGCGAUCGGCUGCGCGAGAUCGGCCGCAAGGAGCUGAAGCUCAACGAUGUGGCCUACAUCAACGAUUCCAUCGGUCUUCACAGGGUGGAGAAUCCGUCCAAUGUCGACACAGCGAUCAGCCUCCAUUUGUAUUGCCCCCCGUACAACAAGUGCACAGUAUUUAACCAAAAUACUGGCUUGAAAUCCACAUCGACGGUAACGUUCUACUCGGCGUUCGGAAAACGAAUAAAAGAAAACAAAGAGCUGGUGGAGCCCGAAGACAAUUAG